UCCAAAGCACAAAUGUGACGGAGGGAAAACGAAUCGAACGCUGACUAAAAACAGGCCAAAAAUACUACAUUUUUUUCCAAACCCCAUUCACCAUUUCGCCGCUGGGGGGAGUAAGCUGAAAAAGUUGUCAUUCAUUAUGAUCAUAUCUGAUGGACAGUUGAGUUAUGAUGCAAUUCUCCCUGACACAGGAACCAAAGAUUGUUCGAAGAGUUAAGUUUGUACUAAUUUGUAGAAUUGAACUUCGAAUUCAUUCUAAAAAAAAAUUUCCAAGCCAAACAGUCAAGUUCGACAUUCCCGAGAUGAGUGUGCCCAAAAUAUCAGGUGUAAUUCUGCGUGGGAUGUUCUUCUUCGCAAGAUGGACUGGCUUAGUGUUCUUCCGACUUAAGAAUUCGAAGGAUAAUGCCAUGGUCGUGGAGGAAAGCUUCUGUAAUCGCUCGUGGCGAAAGUGGCUGAUAGAAGUCCUGCGACUUUUGCCCCUUGGUGGCCAAGUCUAUAUUUUCGCCUUGUGGAUGGCGAGUGAUGUGAAAAUGGUUACAAUUCUACAGACCAUGCACCUCAUGUUCACGAUACUGACAUACUUAACGAUGAACUACGUGCAGAUUUUUCAUGGCAACAACGUGAUAGGGCUCUUAAACCGAUACCUUUGCCUCUUCCGUCGAGUGAGGGCCUUGUCCCUAAAGAAGAAAAUUGGAUUUGGAGGCUCAGGAGAACUAUUGCUGAUUUUUCUAUUUCUCGGCUGUCAAGUCAUGGGCAUAGUUAUUAUGGGUGCAUUUUUUAAAUGGAGCUUCAGUUUUGGAAAUAUCGUGCUCUGGGUCAUCUUUGCGUAUUUGGGUGCUUCGUGUAAUAUUAUAUUGAGUUUCAGUAUCUUUUGGUACCUGGGCUUGGGUGUACUCUAUUCCGAAGUGAAAAGAGUACUGCGUUUUGAACUGCGAUACCAAACGGAGGUUUUAAGACCAAAACUUAAAACAAAUCGACGAUUAAAGAAUACUUUAAGUAUUUUUAGAGAGAUUACUGGGGUAGUCGCUUCAAUGCAGAGCAUAACCAAUGGUCCCCUGUUUUUAAUUCUGGUCCAAAAUUUUAAUGUUAUAGUCGCAAUUUCUUACAGCAUGGUGAUCUAUUUAAAGUACUGGGAGUUUUGUGAAUGGGUUUUCCUAAUCAACAUUGUGCUCCAAACACUCGUUCUAUGUUUGUCCAUUCAAAUAUCAAUGAAUCAGUUUAGAUGCAUUCGAGAGCUCACUCUCGAGCUCUUCUUCGCCUGCAAACAAAAAGAUUGGAACGAAACGGUAAGAAACCAUAUUAUUAUACUGUAUUAUAUUGUAUACCAAUCAACUAGAAUUUUUAAAUUUUUUUUUAGGUGGAAAUGUUCGUCACGCACCUUAACCUUAACGAGUUUAAAGUUCGUCCUUUGGGUCUCAUUGAUGUUUCCAACAAACUAUUUCUUAUAUUAGUGUGUGGAAUAGUAAACUAUCUGGUUUUUAUCGUAGAAAUUGUAAUGCAGACACUCUUGAACAAUUAGGUUUCAGAAAGUU